AAGAAAAAAUUGUGCGGUCGUGAGGGGGGGUGGUGGUUAGAAGAAACAGCAGUAGCUAGCAAUAACAACAGCAGCAGAAGAAGCAGCAUUUCCCCACGAUUUUGCCAAAGUGUUGGAGGCGACGCCGCCAAUUAAUGCUCGUGCGGCCGCCUUCAUCGUCGUCGUCGUCGUCGCCGCAGCCAUUGAUGCCGACGCCAGUGUCACCGCGGCAAUAACAACAACAAACAGAAACAACAACAAAUGGUGCAACGGUGAAAAAAAAAAAAACGAAAUGUCAAACUUUUGCAAAGUUUGCAUAUCGAGAAGACGCACAUAAAACUCGCUUAAUUUUUUGGUCGCAGCCAUAAUCGAAUCGAUGCAAUAGGAACGUUACAACUCAAUUGCCAUGCGCUUGUCAGGCAUUACAAUGGGCGUCCUGACGCCUCAGAGCCACAGAAAACAGCAAGUUGUCCACUCUGUGGCUCGCUGCUGAGCUGAACGUAUUUAGCAGCAAAUGAAGGUGCAGCACGUAGCUAGCGAAGCCGCCAACCAGUAGCAGGUUGGCCAACAAGCGACACAAGCCAGCCGCAGCAGCAACAACACCUUCAGCUCUGUAGCAACUCCUCCUGAUAAAGAGCAGCCCCAGCCGGCAGCAGCAAGAGAGGCGCAAAAAAGAAAAUAAAAAAUAAAAACAACUUUGCAGCUUUAACCGAAAAUGUUACAAAACUCGAAUGCAACAGCCGCAGCAGCAGCAGCGGCAGCAGCGACGCCCAGCACAGCAGCCGCUGCGGCAGCGGCAGCGAACAAUGCAGCGAUAGCCGCGUCAUCGAUACAGCCCAAGCUGGUUGUCAUACGAAGGCGUCAGAAUCAGGGCUUCGGUUUUACGCUGCGUCACUUUAUUGCCUAUCCACCGGAAGAUGAUGCCGCCAGCUGGCCACAGGUAAGCGUCGCAAGGCAAUCCAGCUGGGCUGCGAUGGGGAUGGGUGGGGAUAGCAGGGGGCAGGGCAGUGGCAGUGGCAGUGGCAUGGCAUGGGCAUGGUCAACUCAGCCAGUUGAGAGCGAGAGCCUGGUGUGCCAGAGUCUGCCUGCAUCCAUCUUCAAUUAGUCAUCAAUUGUGCCU